CCUGUAGAAUUUGAGAGUGGCUACCACAGGUUUAGGUCUAAAAGUUUCAAGCAACCCAGGAACUGUGAGCUAUGUGAGAGAAUCAUAUGGAAGAGAGGGCAUGCCUGCAAAGCUUGCAAGUAUGUCUGCCAUUUCCAAUGCCAGCCAGAGGUGACAACUGUAUGUACCUCACCUGCAAGCUAUGACCUGUCUAGAGCCUCGUUGAUGCCCCAGGCCCCAGUAAUUAACAGGGCACCAGGGAUGGCAGUCAACCAAGUGAGAGAGGGAGGGGGACUAGAGAUGGAUCUCACAUACAUCACAGAGAGAAUAAUUGCGAUGGCAUUCCCAGAAGAAGGUUUUGAGGCAGUGUAUCGUAGCAACCUCCAGGAAGUGACACGUAUGUUACAAAAGAAGCACACCAACAACUACAUAAUCAUAAACCUCUCAAAGAAGAGAUACGACAUUGCCAAGUAUAACCCUCAGGUCCAUGACUAUGGCUGGCCAGAACAAUUAGCGCCACCUUUAGAGACAUUAUGCAGUAUAUGUAAAACAAUUGAUUCAUGGUUGAACACUGACCCCCAGCAUGUUGUGGUGGUGCAUUGUAAGGGGGGCCCAGGUCGCCUAGGGGUCGUUAUAGCUGCAUAUAUGCACUAUAGCAGUAUAUGUGCAAGUGCAGAAGGUGCUCUGGACAGGUUUGCAAUGAAGAAGUUUUAUGAUGACAAACUCGGGGGCCUCACUCAACCCUCUCAAAAAAGAUACGUCCAUUAUUUCGCUGGGCUCUUAUCAGGUGCAAUAAAAAUCAACAAUAGUCCCCUAUUUCUUCAUCAAUUGGUGAUCCAUGGGGUUCCCAACUUUGAUGGCAGGGGUGGAUGUCGACCUUUCAUCAAAGUAUACCAUGCAAUGCAACCAGUGUACACAUCAGGGGUUUACAAUGUGGCUAACACAAUGCAGCGAGUGUGUAUUACCCCCGAGACUGCCUUACAACUACGUGGUGAUGUUCUCAUUAAAUGCUACAAUCGCGGUGAUCGGCAACGUGACGUAAUAUUUCGUUGCCAGUUCCACACUUGUGCCAUCUCUAACUUCAGCCUCACUUUUAAUAAACAAGAACUCGAUGAUGCCACAUCAGAUGAAAGGUUCCCAGAAUCUGGCAAAGUGGAGGUUGUAUUCUCAGAUUCACCACACAAACCACCAGGAAGCACGAUGAUGGGUGACCAAGGUGUUGUCAUGGACAAUGGAGAACAGAUGGUACGCUGGGACUCCUAUGAAAACUUUAAUAGUCAGGAUUCAGGCUCUAAGGUGGAUGGUCGGAUUGAGGUGAACCAUACCCAAGGCCCUGUAGACGGCAGUCUCUACGCCACAGUCACAAAGAAACCACCCCAUAGGGAGAAAGAUUCAUCCACAGUCAUCCAGAAUGGUAACACCUCAUUGCUCAAUGGGCCACUAACUGUCAGUGUAGACUCAGGAAUAGCCUCUUCUCCAGGUUACCCUAGUUACCAAGGUGGUUCCCAUACAGUCCAUAGUUACCAAACCAGCACCCAGAACUAUACAACACAGUCUAGCAGCAGUCAACAGGCCUCUGCCCUGCCCCACAGUCCCCCCACCCUUGGGCAACAGCAAACAAGCCCUUCAAGUACAUUAGCAGAGGAAUCAUCGCAGCUUGAUGAUAUUUUAAGUGAACUUUUAGGAGAUCAAAUGCUAUCUACCUCCCCUAUGAACACUAUGAAAAGCAGUACAGGGGCCAAUGCAACAGCGUGGCAGUUGAGUCCUACAAGUCCCAACCGCUCAUUAGCUAUGCCCUCAGACUUACCCCCAAACACUAGGCGUACUGAACACUAUUCAUAUACAGCCCCAGAUGGCUCUAGCAAAAUGGAUAAAACAACAUCUUAUGAAAAUCGUAGUCAAAUGGGCCCUGGUAGUAAAUCAGAGUCAAAGGUAGUGAAGUCCACCUCUCAUUACUCUUCAAGCUCCAGUUCUGCUCAGCCACCUAUAGAGGGCUCUCACCAACCACAUGUAGAGUCAAGCCCUAGACGCUAUAUCCCCCAGAAUGCAUUUAGUUAUACAUCAGGGGGUCUGGAUGAAGCAGGGGGGCGGGUAACAAGCCCCACCUUCAGAGCGAACAGCCCCAAACGUUCACCUAGCCCUCUCGGGAGGAAGAGCCCAACUAGCCCUAACCUCAACUCUGUACCCUACUCUGUUGGUUAUGAGAACAGAUCUGAAGAGUCAUGGCAAGAGCAAUCAUGGCUGGAACAACAAAAGAUGAAACUGGCUCAGAAGCGAGGUGGAGACUACAACGCACCCCCUCAAUUCAGGAAACAACACAGUUAUCAAGAGAAAGCCCUCGUUGCUGAGCUUGUCGAUGUUCAGAAUAAGAUUGCCCGUAAACGUGUGGCAAGUGAGAGUGACCAAGCUGUAUUAGCAGACAGAACCAAUGUGCAGGUCAGUAAUGGCCCCAUGACCCAGUCAGCCCCUCAAAGUGACCAUAAUAGCAAUACAUACAAAGCACAGAAAGACUAUUACGUGUCUGGUGUUGAGGUAGAUAAAAGUCGACCUUUCAGUCCUACUCCCUCUAAAACAGAGUACACAUUUAUGAUCAAAGGCUCAACUCUCGAGCGCAAUCAGAAUGAAUCUAAUGGUGCUAAAACAUAUGGUAAGCCCCCUCCCUCACCGAUACCUGGCCGUAAUAACAGCGCUCCUGGGUCCCCAUUGAUCCCCCAAAGGAGCAGCAGCAGGGGGGCAGUCGCUCGUAGUCGUUCCUCCACUGAUUGGACGAAAAACUCUCAGCUUCAACGUCAGAACUCAGAUCUGACAUAUGACCGUGAUAAGGCUCCACUGCCAAUCCAGCGUACCCCCCUUGGUUCAUCUGGCUAUAGCUACACUACAGAGGAGAUCACUACCCACAGGCCUCAGCCCAAGUACCCUGCGGGAUCCACUGGAGACUUUGACCUGGAUGCAUUGAUAAAUGAGACCACAACUACCACCAAGAAAUCCACCUCAUCAAGCUACAGUUCCAGCCAAUUAGAUGACUUGGAGCGCAGCAUCCAGGCCCUGAUUGGUGUAGAUGCAAACAAUACGGCAAACAAUGUCAAAAUAUCUCCCAUCAAAACUGUUGAGGAAGAGCCAAUCAUAAACAAAAAGGUUUCCAAGACGACGAAACAAUCUGUGAAUUCUGGGUAUGAAUCAGACAGCGCCAUCUUUGCCAAUAAGUCAUAUGAAACUAGGAGUUAUGAAACAAAACAGAUGAACACUUUCGCCAACUCUAAACCCCCCAGAAGCAAAACACCUGACAUAGAACCACAAACUAAGAGUAGAUUUCUCACGUUUCCUCACAAGCCCAAGAAAGUUGAGAUGGACUACGAGAUUCAGGAAAGCUACACAUUAAAGCCCAUAGCAAUCGGCAAGUCAAUUGAUGACAUUGAAACAUACAGCAAGCCCCGUGUUGAGAAGGAUGUCGAAGAUAAAAUCACACUGCGUCCCAUUGGUCCAGGAAUGCAAACACUGGAGCCUGAUACGGGAACAAUAGGGAGGUCACGUCCCACAACACCCCUCUUUCCAGUAUCACAAGAAGACAGGAUUGAUGCUAAAGUGAGUGGUAGCCAACAGCAGGUUUCCUACAACACAGCAAGUUCUCCUGGCCCUAGGAGUCCAAGGACACCCUAUGUUAACCAAGCGUCCCCACCUGUUCAGACCCCAACUUUCCCAAGAACUGGGGAUUAUACAGCAGGAUAUGCCCCUAGUUCAGCCUCUGGGUAUUCCCCCAGCUACACAGCAGGGUAUGCACCCAGCUCUGCCUCAGGAUAUUCCCCCAGUUAUACUGGGGGGUUUACCCAAAACUACUCCCCCACUCAGGUUCCUAGAACUCCAUAUGUUAACCAAGUGUCCGAUCCUGGCCUGCAUUCCCCAAACACAGUCAAUCAACGUAUUGAACAACAAAAUAUACAAAAGAUGGUGCUGCAACAGCAGGCUUCCCGCAUGUCUGACUUCGACCCCACGUAUGAAUCAAUACCAGAUGAUGUCUUCCAAACCCGCAUGUUGGAUCGACAGACUUUAGGUGGCAGCCAGCAGAUGAUGAAUGGUGGAUCAACUGUGUCCCAUCAGUGGAGUACUGAGCAACACACAAGUGGCAACCAGGUUGUGGGGGGUAGCCAGACCCUGCGUCAACAGAGCAGUGGUCCUCCACUACAGCAUCUCCCACCUCAGACCCACCCUAGUGCCACUCUGCCAUCCCGCUUACAUCAGCAACAGCAGCAAACCAUAGUGCAGCAACAAACCAUCCAGCAGCAGCAAGCACAACAGGAGCAGCUUCUGAAGCAGCAACAGGAAGAACAGCUGUUGAAACAACAGAAAGAACAGCAAUUGCUGAAACAGCAGCAUGAGCAAGCAUUACUAAAGUACCAGCAAGAACAGCAGGCUGUACUUCAACAGAAACAAGAGGAGCUUGUUCGAAAACAGCAGGAGGAUCAAAGGCGUAUUAUUCAACAACAGCAGGAGCAGCAAGAACAACUAAGGAGACAGCAGGAACAAGCACUGUUGAAACAACAGCAGGAGCAACAAAUGUUGAAACAACAACAAGAACAAGCAUUGUUGAAACAACAGCAGGAACUAGCUAUACUGAAACAACAGCAAGAGCAAGCUCUCUUAAAACAACAGCAGGAGUUGAAAGAACAGCAAGAACGUCUAGUAAGACAACAGCAGGAGCAGGAAAGAAUUCUCAAACAACAGCAAGAGCAGGAGAUGUUGAAACAACAAGAGACAUUAAGAGUACAGCGAGAGAAAUUACAACAACAACAACAAGCUUUACAAAAGCAACAACAAGAAAAUUUACAACAACAACAAAUCAUUCAACAGCAGCAAUCUACAUUACAACGUGAAAUCAGCUCUGGUUCAAUAGCUAGCCAACAGAUGGAGCCACAUGUACCUGGAACAUUAGCGCAUGAGCAACUUCACCAACAACGUGUUCAGCAACAGCAAGUCCAACAGCAACAGCAACAAGCCCAGCAACAACAAGUCCAAACACAACAAGUGCAAAAACAAGUGCAGUACACAACAAAGACUACAAGCCAACAGCAAUCAAGUAGCCAGCAGCAGCAGCAGCACCAACAAGUGCACCAGAAUGGGCAGACCAACCUGCUUCACAUUGAUACUCAACACAGUGGGUCAGCAGCACAGCGUAGUCCCAUCUCAGCCACUGGCAGUGAUCUGAGUCCGCAGUCUCCAGGCAGCUUACACCUACAGCAGUCAUCAACAAUGAGCACGUCACAGACUGGGCACGUCCUGAGCCCGACACCAUACUCCUUCAACAGUGGCGCCACCUCCCCAGGCUACUUUGGCACUGCUAGAAGGGGCAGUGGAGGAUCUAGUGCUGGAAUGGAUGGGACAUUUGACCUACAGCACCAUACCCCCAAGUUUGUUCGUGAUACAUCAAAGUUCUGGUACAAACCACACAUCUCUAGAGAGGAAGCUAUUUCCCUAUUGAAGGACAAACCUCCAGGAACAUUUGUAGUUAGAGAUAGCAACUCUUUCCCAGGUGCCUUUGGUCUGGCACUUAAGGUGGCCCAGGUGCCUCCCAAUGUACAGACAAAGUCAGGAGACCCCUCCCACGAGCUAGUCCGUCACUUCCUGAUUGAACCAACACCUAAAGGAGUGAAACUGAAGGGAUGUAGCAAUGAGCCAGUGUUCAGUAGCCUAGCUGCCCUGGUCUACCAACACUCUAUCACCCCUCUAGCCCUGCCUUGUAAAUUAUUCCUGCCAGAGAUUGAUACAGUAGAUGGCAGUAGCAGCAGUAGUUCAGUGACAGAGAAUCCCAGUUCUGCUGGUCAACUCCUCAGUCACGGGGCUGCCUGUAAUGUAAUAUACCUCAACUCUGUCGACAUUGAGUCGCUCACUGGGCCUCAGGCUGUAGCUAAAGCCAUGAGGUUGACCUUCUCCAUGGCCCCACCCCCCAAGCACACUGUGGUCCACUUCAAAGUGUCUUCCCAAGGCAUUACUCUCACAGACAACAAAAGAAAGUUAUUCUUCCGUCGUCACUAUCCCGUCAGCUCAGUGACAUUCUGCGGUAUGGACCCCGAGGACAGACGCUGGAACAACAAGGAUGAAGAUGGUGCCACCCUCCUGCCCAAUGCUAAAAUGUUUGGCUUUGUGGCCCGUAAACAAGGCAGUAAUGUAGACAAUGCCUGUCACAUCUUUACAGAACUAGACCCUGACCAGCCAGCUUCUGCUAUCGUGAACUUUGUAUCUAAGGUAAUGAUUGGUGCUCGCAAGUCGUAACAUUAACGCAAGUGCUGUACAUGUAAAUACCUGGAUGGAAAGAGAGGAUAUUAUUGGUUGGUCGAGUAUUUAUUUAUACACGUGUAUAUGCCAAUAUUAUGUGAUACAGUGAAUAUGAGGUGCUUUUUAUUCAUAUGCAAAAACAUGACAAGAUGCCAAACUGAAUAACAAAUCACACGCAGAACAACUGAAUAACAAAUCACAAGCGGAACAACUGAAUAACA